GUUUCUCCGUGGAUAAACAAAACUGCAUGACUCUCAGUCAGCUGUAGUUUGCUCGGCUAACAGUCACAUUCAGGUGUGACUAUGGGGACAUCACUCUCCCACCUCCUUAAGCAUAACGGCCACGAUGAGGAUGAGAACAGACUGGCCUCUCCUGAUGACGCCCAAACUGAGGAUGGCAAGGACGGAGAUGUCUCCCAGUUUCCUUAUGUGGAGUUCACAGGAAGGGACAGUGUGACGUGUCCCACAUGUCAGGGCACCGGGAGGAUCCCCAGAGGACAAGAAAAUCAACUUGUGGCAUUGAUUCCAUACAGUGACCAAAGGCUUCGGCCCAGGAGGACGAAGUUGUAUGUAACGGCGUCAGUCGUGGUCUGCCUGCUACUAUCCAGUCUGGCUGUCUUCUUCCUCUUCCCUCGCUCCAUCGACGUGUCCUACGUUGGCGUGAAGUCGGUUUACGUCAGCUAUGACCAAGAAAAGCGCAGUGUCUAUCUCAACAUCACAAACACUCUCAACAUUACCAACAACAACUACUACUCAGUGGAGGUAGCCAACAUCACAGGGCAGGUGCAGUUUGCCAAGACGGUGAUUGGUAAAUCCCGCAUCAGUAACAUCAUCGCCAUCAGUCCUCUGGACAUGAAACAGAUUGAUUAUAUGGUCCCCACUAUCAUUGCAGAUGAGAUGAGCUACAUGUAUGACUACUGCACUCUACAAACCAUCAGGGUUCACAACAUUGUGGUCAUGAUGCAAGUGACUGUCACGACGACAUACUUUGGCCACGUGGAGCAGGUGUCUCAGGAGAUGUACCAGUAUGUGGACUGCGGAGGCAACACGACGUCUCUCAAACAGACAACCCAACCGUUCAGCGUCCCAAGUUCUGCCGAGUAACCCCCUGUCUCUGUGCUGCUCGCUGACCCUGACCUGACUCGGGCUCUGAAUUGGUCAUCUGAGGUGAUUUACUGUUUCUGCUUCUUGUCCACCUGCAGGAUCAAACCAACAAACUGCUGCCAUCAUGGUGUUUACUGCAGAACCUAUACUAAGAGGGAAAGUUAUUAUAAGUCUUAGUGUCAUGUGUGGAAGCACAUUGCAUUCGGCAGAGAAGAAAAUAAUUGCACUUAAUUAAGACUUUUCCGACAUUACAUUAUCUGUGUCUAAUUAUCAUUAUAUAAGUCUCAUAUAUGAUCCAUAUCUCAUCAUUACUCAUUAAUCCUACAUGUGAAAGCUGAAUAUUUUAACUCCACAAGAACUGUGUCUCUCCCGAUGAAGACAAAUGUCUACAAGAUUUUUAUCUCAAAAUUAGAAGAAAAAACAUUUAAUUAUUAUCAGAUAUUUAACUACUGAGUACAAAGACUCUUUAGUGCAGAUCAUGAAAUUACAAAACAAUUGUUUCUUAAAAAAAAAAAGAAUACUAUACCACUAUAAAUAACACCACUAUUUUAUAAUUGAAAACACUUAACGUGCCAUAACCUCAAGGAAACUGCAGUACAUUUUAACUGCAAGGUUUCUAUUUGAUAAUAUUAACAAAAUAUGUCAAUUAUUUAGAUAACAUAGAUUUCACAUUUCAAAAAUUGAAGUAUGUAUGUUAUGUAUAUGGCAAAAUAACAAAAAAGCUUCUUUUAAGAUCAGUAACAUUUACUACUUUCAUGAUUCAUCCUUUUAAAUAACAAGAAAUCAGUUUCAUUAUUUUGUAAUGACAGUCAAAUCAUUACCUGACUUUUAUAUACUGCAUUAGAAUUGUGAAACGUGCAUCACACGAGUGUUUUCUCCUUGCUGAAUGCAGCGUGCGUGCUCCACAGCGUCACACUACAUAGUUCUCUUUUACUACGACGACUACUUGUAUCCGUUAAUAUGGGAGUAUUUGAGGUUGUGAGGAUUUGUAUCUUCCACUGUUCUCUUUGGUUUUUGAGCAUCACUUCCGUUUAAUCUUUAGAGUAAUAUUGAUGACUUGUAACUUGCACUAUCUAAAUUUGGUGAGAGGGAAGAAACACUGUGAGAAGUGAGUCACUUCGUAAUAGUCGGAGACUCAAACUGCCAGAUUCAGGCCCUGUAAGUUCAAGAGUAAGAAUGGGUAUCUUUAGGAUCGAUAUUGACACUUAUUCCUUACCCCCACCACUAGAGGGCAGGCUGUCAUGUUUUGAAUGAAGUGAAGGGCUCCAUAAGUGUCCUCCCCCUUUUCUCUACAUCACCUCAUAACCACAAGGACAAAAUAAUACCAAUAUUUUCACCUAUUAGUUUCUAAAUGCUUUAGUGUUGACGUUUGACACCAAGUCCUAACUUGAAUAUAAAAAGUUUCAUUUCUACAUGAAAUGAUAUGCGUAGAACUCCUUAUUUUCUUUCCUCCUAUUUGCUUUUAUUUGGCUCUCACUGCUGUUGUCUUUAUUUAUAGCUACUGGAGGAAUGGGCUUAAGAGUUUAUAUAUAUAUUUCUUUAAUAUCAGCAGUAGUUGCAGUCAAAAAAUUAGUGAGAAAAAAAGUGUAAUUUAUAUCAGGAAAUGAUUUCCAACGCUACUGAAAUACAGUAUAAUAGAGGAUAUGUGGACUAUAAAUAGGAAAAAGUAUUAUUUUAUUACCAAUCAAACCAUGUUGCACUUUAUAAGUCUGUUUAAAAUGCACAUUUUAAUGAAGCCGUGGUCGUUCUUUGGCAUAUUUCCUGUCAGUCACACACAAAUGUUUGUCGUUUGUUGGUGGGCCAGAGAGCACCGCCCUCUUUGUGGAGUUCUGGCUCCUGGGAAAGUUUCUCAUAGAUGAACGGGACUGGACUCGAGUUCUUUUCAGCCUCUUCUAUCCAUCUCUGUGGAGAUGUAGGAAACAGAAAAUAAUGUUGUUGUUGUUGCGCGUAAGAAUAUUUAGUAUGCCAACAUUAGUUUAUGGUCGGUAUCUCAGUGUAGAAGUUUGUCCGUUACCAAACAUUCCUGUUGCAUUUCAGUUUGGAGUGAGAAGUGAACAUUCUAAGGGAGACGGACGAUUUAGUCUGGAAGCUUUUAAGAGACAGUUUAAAAAGAAAUAUGUAUGUAUUUUGUAAUUUGUCCACUCAGAAUCAGAGUUUUAAAUCUGGAUGUUUGCUGUUUAAAGAGUUGUGGCUUGGACACGUCAGAAUUUAAAAUAACAUUUUUGAGAAUAAUCAAUUCAACGGAACGGGUGGAUUCACUGAAAUACUAAAAAUAUGACCAUGGUGACCGUAAACUGAUUGUCCAUUCAGAUAGUGUGGUUGAUUUUUACAGUCAGAUGCUGACUGUGCAGGAACCAGCCUGAGAAGCAGAUGGUUGCUCUAACUGAAAACAUGGCUGCCCGAGGAGAACAGGACACAGAUAACAGACUGACUGCGCUUUUAUCUCGACUGUAAAUUGAAAGUGUAGAAACGGCUCACUAUCUCACACCAAAGUCCAUAGAGAAUAUCUUUCGCUCGCAGGGACCCAGAAGCUGCUACUGUCAUUCAAGUAAAACCAGACAAAGGAUUUCAAUCACCAACGUCAAAAAAGAACACAUUUGAAUUUGGCAUUGAAGGCAGCAGAGGAGCGACAAGUCCUGUGUGUCGAGACAUAAAAAAAAUGCUUAUUUUUCCUUUGGACUUUGGUGUCACCCGAAAGAACUGGAACUCUGGAACAAUUUUGAAGCCUCUAGAAUCGUGAUUUGGCCUGUGGCACAUUGGCGUUCUGUCAGUCAGACUGGUGUCCUCGCUUAAGUGGCGUACUUUUCCUCUAAUUGGGAACACAGUUUACAAAAUGGACACAAAUCAGAAUUAGGGUCAGUUUCCAUUAAGAUUUCCAUUCAAACACAUUUGCAGUUGCUCGUGGUGAGUAGUUUCCAGUCUGAAAAGGUUGUCUUUAGAGCUUGUCGUCUUGAGCUGUUUGUUCAGUGGUUAAAACCUGUUUUCCCCUCGUGUCCCUGCUGGCAGCCAAGUUAUCAGCGAGAGCAAAUGUCCAUGUGUCGGCACAGGUGACGCCGUUAGCGCCGCCCAAUGCCGACUCGAUGUCACUACGUCUUUAGAGCGAGACUCAAAGGAACCCUCAACUCUCCCCUUAAACACAUCUAUCUCGUCAACUUCGUCGUGAACUGUGACACACAUUUGUCCAGUUAUUAAAAAAAAAAAAGAAGAAGUAAACUUUAACUCUGGCGUGUCAGCACGUAGUUUGCCAACAAUUUCUGGUGUGACCACAACAGCUGUUUAAACAGAAAUCGAUUUAUCAUCCUGUAAAUUGUGUUUAGAGUGUCUUGAUACGGAAUGUUAAAAGGAUAGGAAGACCUAUAUAUUAGACUAAAGCUGUAAUUGAGAAAAGGCACGUUUAUGAUUUUGUUUUUGAUAUGUUUUCUCGCACUGCUUUGUAUAUUUCAACUUUCAACAAUAAAACUAACUUAAGGAUAUCUAUUGCAGGAUGAUGGAUGAAUUUCUAACAUGCACCCUUAUAAGCUUUUUAUGAGCAUUUGGUUUUGGAACAGCUAUGUAAGACUGCUACCUCUUCUGGUAUUUUUGUUAAUGUAUUCCUUAAGUUGUGACUGUUUGUGAAUAAAAUUUUACAGUAUGAUUA